CAGAGUCGCUUCCGCUCCAGGUACAAGAGGACGCGGCCUUCAUUCCUCUGCGAAAGAUGAAGAAACAGAAACAUCAAGAGGUUAAUUAUUUUGCAAAGUUUACUCUGCUAUUAAGUGGCAGAAUCUUGAUUGAAGCUUGGCAACCUGAUUCUAUAGCCUAGGCUCUUGGCCAAAACACUCUGCUUUUAUCAGACUGGCAAAGUCUCUGCCUUUCCCUAGGAAAAGGAGGAGAAAAUGAUCAAGUUCCAGGAGGCGGUGACGUUCAAGGACGUGGCGGUGGUCUUCAGUGAGGAGGAGCUGGGGCUGCUGGACCCCGCCCAGAGGAAACUGUACCGCGACGUGAUGCUGGAGAACUUCAGGAACCUGGUCUCUGUGGGGAACCAGCCCUUCAAGCCAGACCUUAUAUUCCAGCUGGAGAGAGAAGAAAAGCUCUUGAUGAUGGAGACGGAAACCCAAAGAGAUGGAUAUUUAGGAGCCAAGAGUCAACACAAUAUGGAGAGUAAUCAAGAAGUGGGAUUACACUACAUUUCUCCCAAAGAGGUUUCUUCCCGGCAGACCUGGCAACAGGGUGCAGGCAGGUUAACCAGGUGUCAAGAGUCCAUGCAAAAUUUUCAAGGAAAUAUUUCUCAGUUGCAAAAACGAGGCGAUGUCCCCUGCAAGCUUUGGGCAGGAGUGCCAGUUCAUAUUUCUGAAGAUGAGAACUGUAUAUUGACUCAUAUAGAUGAUGUUUCUAGUUGCCUAGAAAGUCAAGAAUUUCCAUCUUGGAGAUCCCAGCAUUCCUGGAGGAAAAUGUAUCUGACACAGUCACAUAAUUAUCAGUGUAGAUGUCAGCAAAUUUUGAUGAAAAAUAAUUUCUGUAAGUGUGACAGCACCAGUUGGGUAUCACAUCACAAUGACAAUGUGGGAGUACACAGGCCAGAAAAAAACUACAGCUGCCAUGACUGUGGAGGGAACAUUAUGAAGGUUUCAUUGCUUAAUCAAGACUUAAUUCAAACAGGGCAAAAAUCCUAUCCCUGUCAUGAGUACAGAAAAGCCUUCAGUGAUGAUUCCAGCUCGGAAAUUUAUCAGCAGUUACACUUAGAAGGGAAGACGCAUUCUUACUGUCCGUGUAGAAAGGGUUGCAGUUCAGCUCUUUGUAUUAAUCCAAGUGUUCAUAGAGGAGAUGGUUGUAUUUUUGAGAGUUCACACCUGCAGAGAGAACAUAGAGAACAUACAGAGGAGAAGCCAUGUAAAUGUGGAUAUGGUGAGAACUUCAGUCAGUGCCCCUCUCUUAACACUUGUGAACUUAUUCACACCGGGGAGACUUCCUGUAGAUGCAAUAUUUAUGAGAAAGACUUCAGUCAUAGAUUAGACCUUAACAGUAUUUUUAGGGUCUGUUCUGUGGAGAAGCCCCAAGAAUAUGAAGAGAAUGGGGAUGUCUUUAAUCAGAGUUCUUGUCUUCAAGUCCACCAGAAAACCCACACUGAAGAGAAACUAAACACAGAUGUGGAAUAUGAGAAGGGGUUUAUUUGUAGCUCAAAUCUUAACAUUCAGCGUAGGGUUCACAUGGGAGAGAUUCCUUAUAAUUCCGAGGACUGUGGUAAUGGCUUCAGUCUGGCCUCCCAUUUUCAGGACCUUCAGAUAGUCCACACAAGGGAAAAGCCAUAUAAACAUUAUGCAUGUGGAAACAGCUUCAACCAAAAUUCAUAUCUUCAAGGUCAUCAGAAAAUUCACAUUGGAGAGAAAGCUUAUAAGGAUUGUGGGAAUGGCUUCAGUUGGAAUUCAAAACUUAAAGAUCGUCAGAGAGCCCACGCUGGAGAGAAGCCAUACAAAUGCAAUGCCUGUGGUAAAGGCUUCAGUCAUAGGUCAGUUCUUAAUGUUCAUCAGAGAGUCCACACAGGAGAGAAACCUUAUAAAUGUGAGGAGUGCGACAAGGGAUUUAGUCGGAGUUCAUACCUUCAAGCCCAUCAGAGAGUCCACACUGGAGAAAAGCCAUACAAAUGUGAAGAGUGUGGGAAGGGCUUCAGUCGCAAUUCAUACCUUCAAGGCCAUCAGAGAGUUCACACUGGAGAAAAACCAUACAAGUGUGAAGAGUGUGGGAAGGGCUUCAGUCGGAGUUCACACCUUCAAGGCCAUCAGAGAGUCCACACUGGAGAAAAACCAUUCAAAUGUGAGGAGUGUGGGAAGGGAUUCAGUUGGAGCUUUAAUCUUCAAAUUCAUCAGAGAGUCCACACUGGAGAGAAACCCUAUAAAUGUGGAGAAUGUGGUAAGGGCUUCAGUAAGGCCUCAACUCUUCUGGCCCAUCAGAGAGUCCACACAGGAGAGAAGCCAUACCAGUGUGAUGAGUGUGGUAAGAGCUUCAGUCAGAGAUCAUACCUUCAAAGCCAUCAGAGUGUCCACACUGGAGAGAGACCAUAUAUAUGUGAGGUAUGUGGGAAGGGCUUCAGUCAGCGAGCAUAUCUUCAAGGUCAUCAGAGAGUCCACACUAGAGUGAAACCAUACAAAUGUGAGAUGUGUGGGAAGGGCUUUAGUCAGAGUUCACGCCUUGAAGCACAUCGGAGGGUCCACACAGGAGGGAAACCAUACAAAUGUGAGGUAUGCACAAAGGGCUUCAGUGAGAGUUCACGCCUUCAAGCACAUCAGAGGGUCCACACAGAAGGGAGGCCCUAUAAAUGUGAACAGUGUGGUAAGGGUUUCAGUGGGUUUUCAAGUCUUCAAGCUCAUCACAGAGUCCACACUGGGGAAAAACCAUACAAAUGUGAGGUGUGUGGAAAGGGCUUCAGUCAGAGAUCAAACCUUCAGGCUCAUCAGAGAGUCCACACAGGAGAGAAACCAUACAAAUGUGAUGCAUGUGGUAAGGGUUUCCGUUGGAGCUCAGGUCUCCUUAUUCAUCAGAGGGUCCACAGUGGUGAUAAAUUCUAUAAAAGUGAAGAGUAUUGUAAGGAUUAUCCUUCAUCAGAGAAUCCAUACAGAAAUGAAGUUCUAUAAAACAGUUCUGUUUGUUCUGAAGCCCUCAACUAGGAACUGAAAUUUUCCAAUCACUACAGCUAUUAUAGUAGAAAAAAUUUCUUUAAUGAAAAUGUAAUGUUUCUGCCCAACCUCAACAUUCACAAUAGACCACACAGCAGAGACAUCUAACCGGAGAGUUCCCAUAAAGGAAUUUUGUCACAACUCUAACAGGCAUUGUGCAUGACUUUAACUAUCGUUGCACUAGGGCUUUUAAAAGAUAAGAGUAACAAAAGUACAAUGAUGAAUGUGCCUAAACCCAUGUCCUAUCUAAUACAAGCUUAGUGAGGGAAGGGGCUUCAUUCAUUACUGAGUUUACAAAACCAUGACAUUGUGUGACUCAUUGUAGGUGCUCAGUACUUUUUGCCUAAUGACUAAAAAUGUAUAAAAGUAUCCUAUUUAAAAAUUUUAUUAAGUUCAUCCCCCCCCCAAAAAAAAAAAACGUUUAAAAUGUUUGGAGGAAGAAUCCUGCAAGUAACCUUGAUAUAAGCACUUCAAGUGCGAAAACAUUCCUUGAAAUACUGGAUAUCAAGCAAUACUGCAAUCUGAAAUUACAUGAACUUGGCUGUAACCCUGUGGGGAUUGGCUCCAAUCCUUUGUCCUAUCUUAAACAGGAUGAGCUGAAUUCUUACCAUGUGGUCUCUUGCUAUACAGUAUACCAUCAGUUUAAGUUUAGCACUCUGUGUGUGUGUGUGUGUGUGUGUGUGUGUACACAUGUAUGUGCACUUUAAACGACAGUACAAACUGAAAAACAGUGUUUUUGGUUACACUGCAUUUUACAUAAUUGACUUUUUACUCCUGCCCUGUGUGUUAAGGCAGAGUUUUACUGUAAUAUUUGCAAAGUGUCAGAAAUGGUUACUAAUGAAAAAUACUUUCUUAAUAAAUGUCAAAAUUACAAUACUUUGGUUCUUUAGUCUCCAUAUUGACAUCAAAGUUCUUUUGAUCUGACUGAUUUCUAAGAGUUACAGUGUUUGUCCAAUACAAACCUCCUUAGGUGUAAUCUGUGAUGCUUUUGGAGGGCUUUAAUUUUAUCAAAUUCUCCAUCCCUGUCCUCCCACUCACACAAAGAAAGGAAAAAUCUUGAAUUUUUCUGAACAUCUUACAAAAUGUAUUGGUAAUUAAGAUAGGAUUGCCUUUUACUUGCUAGUCUCUAUCUUCCAAAAACAAUGCAUUCUGUUGGUGGGUUUGAAAAAUACACAAGUUUGUUAGAGCAGAGUCAUACUAUAUAUGUACACAUGUAUAUAUAGUGUAUGUACACCAUAUAUAGGAUAUGUAGUAUUUCCAGUUGGGUAUGCACAUUUUACAUACAUGCAUAUAUAUCUAUGGAAAUACUAUAUAUAUAUAUAUGUAAAAUGUGCAUACCCACCUGGAAACAUAAUUUAUGAUAAAGCAAUUUUAAUAGAAAAAAAUUGUAGAAUGUGGGUAAUUUUUUAAACUGGAAAUAGGUAGGUGUUUGAAUAAAUUUCUCUAAAUUCCUACCAAAUGGAGUUACAGAAAGUAAGGAAUCAAUCUAAAAUGACAAAGAAUCAUGCAUAUUGUGCAGGGAAAAUGUGAUUGUACCUUCAUAAUAUCCAGUUAUUUAAGUCUGUAUACAUAUGUGUUCAAACACAUACUUCAUAGAUGUUGUAUGAAAGAUUGCUCAUCAUAUAUGCAGUGGUUUUCUCUGACAAGCAAAAUUUGGCUUUGUCUUUUCUUUUUUGUACUUCAUUUAUAGCUUUUUUCAACUAACAUUUACCAACUUUACUGAAGUAAUAAACUGCUGAGAUAUUAUUCCCCAUGGUUAAGAACCCAAAUGUGUUUACUCUAUUUCAGUAGGUGGCAUUAUGGCCAAAACUAAAGAAUAAAAUCCCUGAAGUUAAUUUUCAAAAUUCCCUGGGUUUGGGGGGAUACAGAUAAAUUGGGUGUCAGCACCCUUAUCUUUCUGUGAAAUUUCUUUAGGUCUCAAUUUAGCCUAGAAUGCCCUAGUACAAUUCAGUAGUGUUAUAAAUUGGUGCAUUAUAAUUUUUCUUUUUCUUUUUUUUUAAGAUUUUAUUUAUUUAUUUGACAGAGAGAGA